UUCAAAUAAUUCGAACACAUACGCUUUAUAAUUAUUCCAUAAAUGCAAGUACAGUAAUAGAAAUGUUUCAAGUAAUUUUAGUUUUUGCUUCGGUAAAAAUUAUAUUUGGUCUAUCUAAAGUUGGAUUUAUGCCUCUGAAGGCUAAGUAUUCAACACCUGACGAAGCAUUUGCUUAUUAUUAUGAUCAAAAUCAACCAAACUUUAAUUGUUUUGGCUCUCAGUGUAUUGUUGGUGUCUGCUGGAAAACUUGUACUUGUGGCUGUCUCUGCUUCCCUGGCUUCGGUGGCUCUGAAUGUGAUCAAUAUAUUGGAGCUUGUACAGAAAAGGCUCAGAAAUUUUGCAAGCCAUUUUUAUGCUUGGACGAUCCUAGAAAAACAUUAAAUUUUUCAUGUGCUUGUCCGGAAGGAUGGAUGUACUCGACAGAUCCCGAUGAUUCUGAUUGUUAUGAUAUAGAUGAAUGUGUAUCUGAGACCAAUCCAGUCUGUGGUACUCAACAAUGCAUUAAUACUCAAGGAAGUUAUAUUUGUGCAGAUGUACCCGCUGGGCCACCUGAAUAUAAUCCCGACAUACCUUCAACUGUACCUUCUGGUUCAUAUACGCCCGUCGAUCCUGAUUUUAAAAUAGCGGACAUGACUUACAUAGAAAAACAACUCAUUCCCUAUAAGAAAUAUUUUUCAGCAAAAGAGAUGAAACAAAUUCGGAGAGAUCAUUUUGAAAUAGCUGCUGUUUAUUUUUAUAAAUAUCCACUUGCCUAUCAACUUUAUAUGAAACGUCCAAUCGAUAACAAAAGAGCUCAAACUUACGUUACAAUCGAGCAUUAACUUUAUAUAUUUAUCAAAAAUUUUAAAUGUAAUAAAUUCAUUAAUUUAUGCUUUACGUAUAUGUAUGUACACGAAAAGUUACAACAAAUAUAAUAUAUAUGCAAGUAAAUUAUCAAGUAAAUAUACAAAUAUAUUGGUUUAAUAUAUCAUGAGUAAUUCGAUUUGGAAUAAAAUA